AUGGCCGAUUCCACCUCUACUAACGCCGCCGAAGGCGCUCCUGCUGGUGGCCGUCCUGGUGGCUGGACUGACACCGAGCGUUUCCAGCUUGUGCUCCGCGUCCUCGCAACCAUACUCACCGAAGGCCGAGGCGUCGAUUGGAAGGGUGUAAAUAUGCCCAACCGCACCUUGAAGGCUAUGCAAGGCCAGUGGACCUCGAUCCUUGCCCAGAUGCGUGAUCUCAACACAGAGGACGGAGGUGACGCCCCUGCCUCCAAGGCCAAGACUCGUGAGCCAUCACUUCCUUCUCCUUUACAUCGGCCAUCGCUUCUUACUAAUUCUUUCGAAGCCCGCAAGAAGUCCGCUGCGAAGAAGAAGGCUGCUGCUGCCAAGAACAGCGAAAAUGCCAACGAGGACUCUGGCGACGAUCAGGAUGACGGAAAGACCAAGAAGACGGUCGCUCCCAAAAAGCGCGCGGCUGCCACCGACGCUGACGGCACUCCCAAAAAGCGUCGCGCCGCUGCCAAGAAGACAGCCACCAAGACCGAACCAGUAUCUGAUGAGGCUGGUACUGAGGCCGAUGUUCCCAAGGAGGAAAACAGCGAUGAGAAGUAG